AUGGAUUCAUUACUUAAACAAGGAGAAGAGUUGUACAAGUCUGGUAAAAUCACUCAGGAAGACGCUAAAGAUGCAUUCCAAGCAUUCUCUAAAGGUGACAACUUCCAAGCCAGUGCUAAAGAAGCCUACUCUGCUUACCAGGAGAACCACAAAGGAGAAGCCAAAAAGAGCGAAAAGUCUGACUCUAAAGAUGAGAAAUCUGAUUCUAAGUAA